GGCCGCUUUCCUGCGGCCAUGUUGGGAGCUGGGGGCUGCCUGGCGAGAUGGAGCUUCUCCGGCGAGAGGCGGCGUCGAGCUCCGCUGUCCCGCUGCGGGGCUGGGGCAGCGCCGCGUCCCGCCGGGAGGGAGGGAGGCAGCGGAGCGGGAAGGAUCUGGGGAAGGAAGCGGCGGUGGCGGGCGCUGGCUUGUCCCAGGGCGUUGAGGGACUUGGGGGCCUCGGAAGCGACUUUGACUUCGGGAAGGGGGAGAAACAGCGGCGGCGGCCCCGCGGCGUUACGUCUUGAGAUCCUGCAUCUUGAAGACAGUAAUCCAGUAUUUGCUGCUUAUGGUGGCCAACAGCUUCAGAAGAAAAUCUUAGCUGGAAGAGAGGAGGGUAUUGCUACCCAGUUCCAGGGAUACUUGUGAAAGAUGGUGGAUCGCUUGGCAAACAGUGAGGCAAAUACUAGAAGAAUAAGUAUAGUGGAAAACUGCUUUGGAGCAGCUGGUCAACCUCUGACUAUUCCUGGUCGUGUUCUCAUUGGAGAGGGAGUACUAACAAAGCUGUGUAGGAAGAAGCCCAAAGCAAGGCAGUUCUUUCUGUUCAAUGACAUCCUUGUUUAUGGUAACAUUGUCAUCCAGAAGAAGAAAUACAAUAAGCAGCACAUAAUCCCACUGGAAAACGUCACUAUUGAUUCCAUCCAGGAUGAGGGAGACUUACGGAACGGGUGGCUCAUCAAGACACCCACGAAGUCUUUUGCGGUUUACGCUGCCACUGCUACAGAGAAAUCUGAGUGGAUGAAUCACAUAAAUAAGUGUGUUUCUGAUUUGCUUUCCAAAAGUGGGAAGACUCCUAGCAAUGAACAUGCAGCUGUCUGGGUACCGGACUCGGAAGCCACGGUGUGCAUGCGCUGCCAGAAAGCAAAAUUUACGCCCGUCAACCGUCGUCAUCACUGUCGCAAGUGUGGCUUUGUUGUGUGUGGGCCUUGCUCUGAAAAGAGGUUUCUUCUCCCGAGCCAGUCUUCCAAGCCAGUGAGAAUCUGCGACUUCUGCUAUGAUCUUCUUUCUACCGGGGAGAUGACUGCAUGUCAGUCGGCUAGAUCAGACUCCUACAGCCAGUCACCUAAGUCAUCUUUAAACGAUGUAUCUGAUGAUGAUGAUGAUGAAGACAGUAGUGAUUAAGGACAAAACGUUUUUUUCCAUUUGUUGCAAGUUGUUUCAAACCAUAUGGAGCUGCUUUUGGGGGAGUCUGUAGUGAGGUUCCUCAGAAAAAUCCUGUUCUAGCCAUAAAAUAUGCCUGAAUAUCUUCAAUUGCAACGUGCCUCAAUCUAUGAAUUCUCUAGACAAUAGUUGUUUUUUUCUCUUCUGCAGGGAUAGACUGGUGCAAAUGUUAUCAGAAUAUUUUCCAACCUCAUAUACUUGAGUUGUGUCUAGGUUAGGCUUUUGUGGAAGACCGGAGAAUAAAAUGUACUUUCUUAAUUUAACAACCCAUACUUUCUAAUGUUUCAUAUUGAUAUGUUAUGUGGAGGUUUUUUGGAUAUGGGAAGGAAAACUGUGAGCAUGCAUGGGAUGGUGAUGUUUUUGUUAAUCCUGUAGACUGUGUUGUUUUUCUUGCCAUGGUAUAUAAUAAGUUGAAAGGUGAUGUAAUUUACAAACCUAAAUGUCACAAAACUUGGAUACUCUUGUUUUGCUCUUACUUAUGACUUCCUAUGCCAAGGAGUGCCUUGUAUCAAUUGUGCUGAUUCAGGAAGAAACAAACCUAUUUUAUGUCGCCUAGUGCUGGUAUCUGAGAGAUUGUUGGUGCUAUUGAAAAUAACUGCUGUGUUCAAAGUGGAGCUUUGAUAAGGUCAUAACUGUACCUCGUGGUGGGUGAUGGAGACCCAAAUCACAUGUCCUCACCUGUGCAGGCAGACCUGAAGGCUCUGCAGGUUCCCACAGGCUUCAGCAGGGUUCUCCUUGCAGAAGUUGUGUUGUGGGUCAGGAUCUUGAGAUGAGAAGCUUAGGGAGGCUCUUUGUGGGGAUUUACACGUUUUCUUUUCAGAACAGUUACUAAGUUUCAAAUUUGGCAAAUGCAUACUGGAAUUUUAGUUGGGUGAUACAGCAUUUGGAUGUGAUAAGCCUGUAUAUUUUUGGAAAUAAUUCCCAAAAAUGACACUAGAUUUUUUUUCUUAAAACAUUAGUGAGAAGAUUGCGGUUUUUUCUCCCCAGGAAUUUUAUUGGCUCGUUUAAAAAUAACCUCAAAUUUUCAACAAAAAGUCUGCAAGUAUCCUUAUAAAACUGGCUUUCCUUUUUACACAGCUGACCUCAGGAUAAAUGUGAGAUGCAAGUUAUUUCAUUCUAAAUGUAUACCCAGGACCAAGAAAGAUGUAUUUAAGGACUGUAAUGGAAUCAUCAGUGCAGAAAAUGUCUCUAUCAUAGUAUUUGUUUUUAUUUCUUGAGUACCGAAGCAUCAUGUUCCCAUAUAAAUGUAAAAGUUAGACUUGUAAAGACACGUUAAACCCCCAAAUAUAUGUUUCUGUAUUUUUAUACUGAUAGCAUCAAUUUUGAAGCAGAAAGACCUCUUUGAAAUAGUUGUAUGAAUAUAGUAGCAACUGACUUUAUACAAAAAAAUGUUAAACUUUUGUAUCUCUGAAUGACAAUUUCUGCACUGUUUGCCUUGGUUGGCAAUAAUUGGGUUAAGUAUUUAUUGAAUAAACAAUCAAUGCUGCAUGUUGCA